AUCUGGACAGACAUGAGGGCAGGGACGAUAUAAAAGGGUGGCUCCUUUAAAUGGCCGAGGAACCGAGGGUUGCUCAUUCUAGCCAUACCCUAUAAGAAAAACCGAGGGAACGAGGAUCAAAAGGGGAGAAACUCGUGCCAUCUCAACAUGACGACUGCUCCGCCAGCCCUCGUGCGGAGACUAUUGCUACGACGACCACCCUCCUUCAAACAACCAAGACGGUCGCACUCUACCGCACCCUCCCCUUCAGCGAGACUCAAUCUGCCUAUUGAUUACAAAACUACUCCGCUACUGCAUCACACGCCAUCCACGCUGUCGGGAGCGACAGAUUUACCCCAACAUGCAACAACGAAGCGGCUGAAUCUCUACCAGGCGAUCAACUCCGCCCUCCGUACGGCUCUUUCCACCUCCGAUAAGGUCCUCCUGUUUGGCGAAGAUGUGGCAUUUGGCGGUGUAUUUCGGUGCUCCAUGGACCUGCAGACGGAGUUUGGGUCGGAAAGAGUGUUUAAUACCCCGUUGACCGAGCAAGGGAUUGUAGGAUUCGCCAUUGGCGCUGCGGCUGAGGGCAUGAAGCCCGUGGCGGAAAUCCAGUUUGCCGACUAUGUGUUUCCAGCAUUCGAUCAGAUUGUCAACGAAGCAGCUAAAUUUCGAUACCGCGAGGGGGGGACAGAGGGCAACGCUGGCGGCUUAGUGAUUCGGAUGCCCUGUGGUGCGGUGGGACAUGGAGCCCUAUAUCAUUCGCAGUCACCGGAAUCACUGUUCGCUCACGUGCCAGGAGUACGCGUAGUGAUGCCUCGAUCGCCGUCGCAAGCCAAGGGACUCUUGCUGUCCGCGAUUUUCGAAUGUAAAGACCCCGUCAUCUUCAUGGAGCCGAAGGUGCUAUACCGUGCGUCUGUGGAGCACGUACCGAAUGAGUAUUAUACUAUUCCGUUGAGUAAAGCCGAAACGAUCAAACCGGGCAAAGACUUGACGGUGAUCUCCUACGGUCAGCCCCUGUAUCUCUGCUCGUCCGCGAUUGCAGCUAUCGAAAAGGCCACGGGAGUCAGCAUUGAGCUGAUCGAUCUUCGAACGAUUUAUCCAUGGGACCGCCAGACGGUUCUAGAGAGUGUCAGGAGGACUGGGAGGGCAGUGGUCGUCCAUGAAAGCAUGAUCAACUACGGUGUCGGGGCAGAAGUCGCAGCCACCAUUCAAGACGGCGCUUUCUUACGCCUUGAAGCUCCUGUGAAGCGAGUGGCCGGGUGGAGCGUUCAUACCGGCCUGACCUUUGAGCAAUUUAUUCUGCCUGACGUUGCUAGGAUAUACGAUGCGAUUAAGCAAACUCUAGAAUAUUGACCUCGCUAUCCAUAUUAGACUCUAGACCCUAUUUGCUGCUUAUUGCGAUUUCUCUUGACGAGCGGCUCGAAUUU